UCGCCCACAGGGAACAUGUGAAAGUACAAUCAUACUGAAAACUAGAAGAAAUUUGUAAACUAGUACUGCUGCGGUCGUCCGUUUGCUGCCACGAGAUUUUGACGAACUAAGUCUUUCUUUUGUCAGAGGAGUUCGAGUGAAAACGUCGUGAGUAAAGAACUCAUCAAUGGUGAACGGACGUAUCCCCUCAGUCUUUUCGAAGACUUACGUUACCCCGCGUCGUCCUUAUGAAAAGGCACGUCUCGACCAGGAAUUGAAAAUCAUCGGAGAGUAUGGUCUCCGUAACAAGCGUGAGGUCUGGCGUGUGAAGUACGCAUUGGCCAAGAUCCGUAAAGCUGCCCGUGAGUUGCUCACGUUGGAAGAGAAGGACGAGAAGAGAUUGUUCCAAGGUAACGCCCUUCUCCGUCGUCUGGUCCGUAUUGGAGUGUUGGAUGAAUCCCGCAUGAAGCUCGAUUACGUGUUGGGUCUGAAAAUCGAAGAUUUCUUGGAACGUCGUCUCCAAACUCAAGUAUUCAAGCUUGGAUUGGCUAAGUCCAUCCAUCAUGCCCGCGUCCUCAUCCGCCAGAGACAUAUCCGCGUCCGCAAGCAGGUUGUAAACAUCCCAUCGUUCAUCGUGCGAUUGGAUUCACAGAAGCACAUUGACUUCUCCCUGAAAUCACCAUUCGGUGGUGGCCGUCCAGGACGUGUAAAGAGGAAGAACUUGAAGAAGCAGAGCAGCGGUGGCGGCGGUGGUGAAGAAGAGGAAGAUUAAGCUAAUCGCUCCGUUGUCGUUUAGUUUAUGAAUUUUGUUUUAUAUGCAGACGACACUUCCAAAAUAAACCUUUACUACUGAUAAGA